CAGGCGGGAGGCUGUACUGCAUGGUCUCACUGUAACGCGGUAACGCUGAGGUAGGUUGAAGUCGCUGACAGCGUGUGGAGAAAGAACAGCGAACCCUGGAUUGCUUUAUGGUGAAGGGGUCCCCUGCAGAGGGCGCUAACAGUUGUCAAGGUGUUCACACCGGUCCAGUCAAGUCCAGGCCACGUACGGUGUCUGCGGUGCGAGUGACCCCCGUGUCCAGCAUGAAGAGCUGCCCAGAGCUAGUGCCGUCAGAGCUAGACCCCACCCGCGUGUGCAAAGGCAAAGGGGCCGUCACGCUCCGUGCCACUCUCGUCCAGAUCAGCGACGACGACUCCGUGGGCCAGGAGCCCGCUGGGGACCGUGCCAACAGUGGCUGGCUCGGCGAAGUCAACGGCGACGCCUCAGGAACCGGAUUGGCAGAGGAAGGAAUCUACAGAUUGGUGUCCGAUCCACCCCUACUGAACGACAUCGCGCCACACCAGGGCAAGACCCCCGUGAGCACAGAAGAGACCUCACGCUGGUCCCCUCCGGAUCCCCAGAGCACCGGACCAGCAUCAUACGCCAAGACCACCCCCGUCUACCCCACCACCUACCCCACCACCACCCCCGCCUACCCCACCAGCUACCCCCCCACCACCCCCGCCUACCCCUCCACCUACCCCUCCACCACCUCGGUCAACCCCACCAUCGUCCUGCUCCAGCAUAGCAGAGACCCUACGCCGGAGCGAGACCAAGCUCCAGAGAGGAGGGCGGAGGGAGCGGGGGAAGCCCCCGCGGAGGCCUUCUCUGUCCAGCCCGAGAUGGACGGCAGACAGGGGGCCGUUAGGAUGACUCAGCACGCCCCCGCCGGACACCCGCCAGAGCAACCUCGACCCCCCAUCAGGAACACGGAGAAAUCAAAGGACUGGUACAAGAACAUGUUCAAGCAGAUUCACCGACUUCCUGAGCCUGUUGAGGAAAACCCCUAUCGCCCCACGUAUGUUUUCCCAGAAUGCAAUGACAGAGCGCUGAGAUUCCGAGAUGAUGAGCCUUCCUAUAUAUAUGUGGAAGAAGUAGAGAGGAGAGAGCCUGUCUCUCAGAGUGCAGUGGACGCAGGCUCCAGAGCAAAGCUGCCCGUGCCAACCAGAACGUCUUCCCUCAAGCCAGCCACGGAACGGAAUGACUGGGAACCCCCUGACAAGAAGGUAGACACCAGGAAGUAUCGCGCCGAGCCAAAGAGCAUCUUCGAGUAUGAGCCAGGGAAAUCAUCUGUGCUGAGGCUGGAGAGAACGACUCAGGACAUAAGCCCGGAUGAUGUAGAUUUAGAGAGUGAGCCUUGGUAUAGAUUCUUUUCAGAGAUGGAGUUUGGGAAAGUGAGUGCCCCUACUUUCACUCCCUUGGAGACACCUUCCGAUCUACAGCAAUACUCCUCCUGUAAGACAGGCCACGGCGGUGACGGCGAGAAGGACGGCGGGUCCAACGCCAGCGACCCGGCCGCUCCGGAAUGCGACCGGCACAUUUACAAGAGCGUCCUAGAGGGCGGCGACAUCCCCCUGCAAGGUCUGAGGGCCCUCAACAAACGCCACCCCAGCUCGUCCUCCUCCAAAGAUUCGGAGUCGUCUCAGCCGGCGAGCAAGAACGACCUCCGGGACAGUCCUGACGAGGGAGCGCGGAGGAGAUACGGAGACAAGGAGAAAAUUCUUGAGGAGCAGAGGAGGUUGAAGCGUGAGCAGGAAGAGGCCGAUAUCGCGUCCCGGCGGCACGCAGCCAUUGUGCUGACCCACCACCAGUUCAUCACCAACGACCGAUUCGGUGACCUGCUCACCAUCAAUAACUCAGAAAAGAGGAAAUCCGGCCCUGAGAGAACUCCCGCCUUGGCCAAGUUUGACUUCAGAGCUGAAACACUAAAGGAGCUCCCGUUUCAGAAAGGCGACAUUGUGUACAUCUACCGACAGGUGGAUCAGAACUGGUAUGAGGGAGAGCACCAUGGUCGAGUUGGCAUCUUUCCCAGGAGCUAUGUGGAGCUCCUGCCUCCCACAGAGAAAGCCCAGCCGAAGAAGAGUGCCCCUGUUCAGGUGCUGGAGUAUGGGGAGGCCAUGGCUCGCUUCAAUUUCAAUGGGGACACUCCCGUAGAGAUGUCCUUCAGAAAGGGGGAGCGCAUCAUCCUGAUCCGCCGGGUGGACGAGAACUGGUACGAGGGCAAGAUCGCCGGCACCAACCGCCAAGGCAUCUUCCCUGUCACCUACGUGGAGGUGCACAGACGUCCCCGCGUCAAGAACGGAGUGGAUUACCCAGACCCCCCCAUCAGCCACUCUCCCCACCGCAGCACCAGUGCUUCCCCCCAGCCGACCCGCAACCGUCUGACCACGGCCCCGCUCCCCCUGCCGCGCUCCCCGGCGCGCUCCGUCUCCCCCGAGGUCAAGUCCAUCUCCAACGAGUGGAUCUCCCUGACCAUGGGGGCGGCCGCCAGCCCCCCGACCGCCCCCACGCCUCCCCUCCCGCCCCUCCCCUCCGCCUCCUACCGCUGGGGCGAGUACCUGCCUCCGCUGGACUCCGUCAGCCCCCUGCCCCCCCCGAUCCCCCCCGUGCCCCUCAUCUGCGGGAGCCCGUACUGCAUCUCCCCCAUGGGCUCCCCGUCCGCCUCGCCGCAGCCCCCCCCCUACCCGCCGCGCCCCAGCUCCGCCACCCCCUUCCUCACCUUCACCCCGCCGCAGGGCGAGGACUUCCUGCUCUCCCCCCCGUCCCCGCGCCUCUCUCGGAGCCUGAGCCCGUGCGGGGGGGCCGGCCUGGAGGGCUGGCUGACGGGCGUGAGCCCCCUGGACAGGGAGCUCCAGGACCGGGAGGGUCCCGAGGGCGGCCGAUCCGCCCCACGCGAGGCCCUGGGCGGCUGGGCCAAUAGCCCCGCAGAGCCUCUGAGAAAUGAGGGUGACUACCACGGCCGAUCCUCCAGGAGUCCAGUCAUGCUGUUCGACAUCCAGGACAGCAACAUGAACGCUAACUCCUUCACGGAGGCGGUGUGUAAUGAGAUCAUGAAUAUAGCCGAGACCUCAGUGAGGUACUGCAGCACGCUGUCUCGGCCGCUUGACUCUAGGCACAGGCUGCCGCCCCACCCCAGUAAACACUCUCUCAUCGUUUCCCAGCAACCGCAGUCUCACAGCAGCAGUCCCGAACCAGGACGCCUCAGCUGCGGAAUUUUCCAGGCUCUGUAUAGCUAUGUGCCACAGAACGAGGAUGAGCUGGAGCUCCAGGAAGGAGACCUUGUCAGUGUCAUGGAAAAGUGCGAUGACGGCUGGUUCGUUGGUACCUCCAAGAGGACAAAACUGUUUGGCACGUUCCCAGGGAAUUACGUGAAGGCCGUCAAUUUGUAAAGUGUACAAUUGUAUAGUCUACUGUACCUGAGGUGAUUCUAGGAGUAUACCAUGAAUGCCUGUUAAGUUUGGGAUGUCAUUACCAACACGCUUGAGUUUAUGAUUUUUUUUGUUUCUUUUACGUUUCUUUUGUUUUACUUUCUUGACGGUUGUUUCCUAGACAGGUGAAUAUAGUGGUCUGUGUAUGUGAGCAGUGAGGGUUGAGGCACGUCAAAGAAGCAAACUCUGGAGUCUAUUUUCACAUGUCAAAUGCACGACACGUAAUCGAAUCCAAUCUUGUCACACAUUGGCCCCAAAGGCUAACAUUUAUUUACUUUAAUUUAGCUUAUUUUGCUAAAUAAAGCUCCACUGAAUAUUGAAUCUUGUUGAUAAAGAAUCAAUCUAGUGCUACCACUGGCUUAUCAGCAGUGUUUUCACUCUGAUUCUGAUAGCAUGUCUGUCACUACUGAUCGUCAUGCAAGCAAGUAGUGUCACCAAUUAUUUAAGCCAAUUAUUCAUGAUGUUCUGAUUGCUGAUUGGGUAACCUCUUUCCUGCAUUUGAAGUCUGAAAAUAGACCCUAAAUGAAUCAAGUGAGAGGUGUUGAAAUGGGCCAUUUGAGUCGUGACAGCCAGAGUGAAAACCAUGGCGCACUUCAGUACCUCUACUGUGUUGCAUACCAGACUAGAUCACAUUAUUUUGUAACUAGCCACGUGGAAUAGCAUGGUUUUAGUGAUUUCUGAAUGCCCCUCACAAACACAGAGUGUAUUCCUGUGCACAACACAGCACAACACAGCCUUGCCAUAUCACUGGAGAUGUGAACAGUAGAUAUUGAAGUAUGUCUUAGGCACAUGAAAGAGUGUAAGAGGCUUCUAGAGCAGCGUAGAUGGGUACAUUGAUUGGGGUGGUCAAUACGACCUCAAAAGGAUCCUUGGAGUCAGUUCAGAGUGCUCAUAGAGAAUUCAGCAGUUUGUUUUUCCUUUGUUGUUUAUGUCCUUUGCAAGAUACCUGCUUUGAUUUAGUCCCAACAACAAUACCUAACUAUACUCUCAUUUUAGAAAAUCGAAUCAGAGUUAAGAAAGUCCAGUGACGCGACUUGGGAGAAUUGAUGUAAUGUAUUUCCAAAGGAAAACCAGUAGCCGGUAGAGAGUGGUCAGUUUCACCGGCAGACAUCACACUUGAUGUGAUGGCACAUACUUGAUGCUUGUCCAACAGGCUAUAUUCCAUGGUUUUGAAUUUCAAAACUCAUUGACCUCAAGUUGAACUGUACUGACUUAUGUGAACUUACAGGGCCGGCUAAGUUUUAAAUAGUCAUGGUAUGGGUUUUUUUCAAGGCGUGAGAGGAGUAUACAAUCCCAGUAUAAAUAUGUUUCAUUUCGGGUGAAGCUGAAAAUGUUACCGCUAAACAUGAAGAUAAAAGAAUUACCUCAGAGAGAAGUCACUAAAAAUCCUCAUAAUCAGUUGAUGAUCUUUGUCAAUAUUACAAAUACAAUCUUGCAUACACACAGUACGAUACCAGUUCCUUUGUGCCUGAUACAUUUGAAAGCCUCAAUCAUCAGAAUUACCAAUCUAUUCACCAAUCCCCCAUGAAUACUGACUGUUUGUUAUAUUAUUUCAGGCAUUUUAAGCAAAUAAUUCAUAUACUGAAUGAAUUGUCAAAUAAGCAGUCCAUUACACCACUAGGGUGGACAGCUAGUGUUGCCUAGAGGUACGCCUUGAUGUUGUGACUAUUCUAAGGGUCUCUGCAGCAUGUUCUGUUAUCUGGUGAGUUUUUAUAAGAUGCCUAAAUAACUAGCUUCAAAUUGACAGUCCUGAUCCAGGUGCUGUGUCUGUUAGGACUCACACGGUUGCUGUGUGGGUUUGACCCAUAUCAGUUUUAGGAUAGGAAUACAUGUAGGUGGACAGCUAGACAUAACGACAGUGAACAUGUCCUAUUACCCCUUCAUUGUGACAGUGUAUAGUACAUUGGAAUUUCAUGGUACUCUGAUAAGAUCUCUUAGACUCUGUAACAAUCAUGUAAUUGAUUGACCUCAAUGAUUGAUAUCUUGCAGUGAAACCACUAUAUAUAUAUACAGUAUAUAUAGGUUUUUAUUUCUUUUUUGGUGAGGAACCUUUCACUAGUCAAAGCUCUUCUUACAACUGCACUCUCGUUUCCACGUUCACGUCUUUUCUAGAUCCACUACAGCACAGGAGCGAGAUGAGAGCUGAUUUGUUGACACUAACUGGCAAAGUAACAAAUCCAGUAGCUUGUGUAGAACUGCUUGACAUGGUUUGACUUACACACUGUUCAUUAUACAGCACCUCAUGCUCUAUGAUCAUGCAGUUGUUGGUGUGUUUGCUUUGUUUGUUUUUGCAUAAUGCUGUUGUGCUUGUACUGCCACACCAAAGAGAGACAGGUGGGAUCACGUAGAAUUAGGAUUUGCUGAAGUGUUUUGACAUUGUUUAGUGAUAUGGAUAGUUUGACAUCACUCGUUUACAUUGUCAAAUGAUAAAGUUAACUUGUGUGUGCAUAUGAAAUAUCGCGCUUCCCCUCGGGGUCAGAAGUUGCCCAACAAGGGCAGAUGGGUCUUGUGAAAACAAGAAUGUCAACAGAUUAGCAACAAGCGCUAUGACUGGCAAAAGACCCAAAGCACACCAAACUUGUCUGUGUAAUUGUGUUGACCAUGUGUUUUUCUGACAACUUGUCAAACAAGUGGACACUUACAUUAAGGUGUUAUUUUACCAUUUGACCGCUGUUUAACUCUUUAUUACCAGAUCAGUGUUUUUUGCUAAUACAUUAACAUUGAUCGACUGCAUUGGGCCGUCCAGUGAUAUGAUCACUGUCAGAGUGUUUAUUUUUUUUAGUAUUACUGCUCAGAAUCCAGUUUUGUGCCUGUACUUGGAUCAGUUUGGGGCUCUGUUUGUCAUCAUCAUCAUCAUCACUUUAACCAUGCGUCAUUGUUUUAUAACUGAUUGUAUAGUCUGUUGAAUGUCAGCGUUCUCAUCAAUAACAGCAUUCUUCAUAUCUGUUUUUUGCUUCUCUUCGUGUCCACCUGAACAAUUUCUUAAAACACUACAGUACAAACAGUUUAAUUGAACUGACUUUAGUGCGAACGUGGUUAAAUUGCAGCAGUCUAAAACUGCCAAGCUUUAAAGAACAUUGGGCUAUACAAUUCAGAGAGCGUAACACAGAGGAUGUAAUCCUGAAAAACAUUCAACAUUUUAUGUAAAAAGGUGCCUCUAUUGUGCACCAGGCAGGCCUUUCCUAACUAUCUGGAUACACUGUGUGUGUGUGUGUGUAGUAUGCUGUGUCAUUGUUUACUGUUAAGACAGUGACACAACGCCUGUAUUUGGGCUGCAUUAGCUACAGAAAAAGUUUGAACGGCCAUUUGAAGGUCUCUGAAGACAUACAUUAGUACAUUCAAUAAUUGUCACUCACAGCAAAGGGUGUAGGUAACACAAUGGCAAUUAUUUCACACUUAAGGACAAUUAAUCACAAGUUGAGUAUUUGACAGAGUUCAAUGUACAUAAUCAUCAGGACUCAGAUGACUAAUCAUGUUACACCUUCGGCAGAAUGUUAUGGAAUGACUCAGAACGACAAGAAAAAAAUGAACUUACUCCAAAAAUGUCAGAGUCCAUUUUUAUCCCAGAUCAGUAGAGUAAUGUCAUAUGCCAGGGGGUGUUGACACUUUACUUUUACACAAUAAUUUACAAACUUACAGUGGACAUCCAGCGAUUAAUUUCACAGCAUUGAAAUUCAAGGCAUAACAUAUAUAUUUCGUUUUCUUUUGUUUUGGCUCCGCAAAGCAUCGGCUGAUGUAUGAAUGUAUUAAUGUGGGGUUACAACCAGUCUCCUUGUAUGUCCAACUGAUCAGUACCUAUUUUGGAGCAUGAACUGAUAUGUAAAACAAUUCAUGAGCUCGUCCUAUGACAUGUAAAUAUGUAUUAUAUUAAAAAAGAUGAGAAUGCAAGUGAUUCAAAGUCACAGUAAAGCUCUAUGAAUAUACCAGUUUAUUUACAGGACCUAGAAGGAUUUGUUUUAUUUUUUUUUUGGCAAAGCACAGAGUGAGAAUUGUUGAGCACAGUCUGAAGCAUACUUAACAUUAUGCUUACCAUUGUCUAUGGACUUAUUGCGCCUUAGGUCACUUAUGUGGUUUUAUUCAAUUGUGCCUCAUUUCCAGCUAUCUUCCCAACAAUAUUGUCACAAUAUUGCAGUGGGUCAUGUGAUGUUGAAGGAUACUUUGAUUGUCUUUAUCACCGGAUUUAGCUUUCAAGGAAGAAGAGAACAUUUACCAAGUACCAUAGAGAUGAGAGAGUGACAACACUGAGUUGCGUAUCAUUGUUUCUAUACAUGAUUACUAUAAUUAUGUGAACCUUUGAAGAGAUGCACAUGGCAGAUUUCCCUUUGUUUGCUUAUUUACAGUGCUGUUACAAUAUUGAAAGAAAAACAAUAUUUACUGCUGUGAUUUUCGGUAUUAUUAUGCAAUAUUUAAUAAACUACAUUUAACUAUG